AUGCUUUUCAGCAAGCCAAAGAUCACAGCCCUUGGAUUCUCUCUCCUCUCAUUCAGCCUGGCUCAACUUUCGGAUCUUUCAAUCUUUCCUCCAGGUGGACCGGGAACGAUUCUGGUCACCUUGAAUGGUCAUAGCGUUUCCACCGGUUGCCUUAAUGGCCAAGAUCUAUGGACUGUGAAAGACGCCGGUGCUAGCUUUGAAGUCACAACUACUGGUACUUGGAGCACUGCAGAUGCUGCUUGGCUCCAAGCACAAAUCGGAACAACUGGAGCCGCGUCAUGGGGAGGAACUUUAUGGUACGCUGAUGCACAACCCGAUGAUAUAACCAAUGUUACACUCAAUGGCCAUGCCAUGACCGAUUCUGUCCAGGUUACAUUGACCUUCAAUUCUACUUUCGUUUCCUCUUAG